AUGGCGGCCACCACGGUGACGGACGCGGGCAGCGUGAGGAUCAUCACGGAGGUGAUCCCGGCCACGGAUCCCCGGGCGGCCCAGCUGGCCUCAGGCUCCCAGGCACCUGCCAGGACCUCAUUGCAAACACAAGGCUUCCGCAGGGCUCAUCCCAAGGUGUUGGGGACCAUCCACAUCUUCACUGGAAUUGUCCACAUCUGCUUCGGGACCAUCCUGACGCUGUCGGAGCACAGGAACCCUUCCCUCCCUGUAGCCAGCGGGAUCCUCUUCUGGCUGGGGAUCCUGCUCCUGGUCUCGGGCUCGUUGCUGGUGGAAAGUGAAAGGAGAGACAGCCCUGUGCUGGUCAAGGCCUGCUGUGUGCUCAGCGUGGGCGUUGUCCUGGGCACGCUGGUGGCCACCGGGAUCCACGGCACGGCCAUCACCCGCAUCGUGCCCGGCUGCGGGAAACCAGAGCCCUACCAGGCCCGCCCGGAAUGGUGCCUCCACAUGGAGAGCAAGAUGCUGAGCAACGGCCUGGACUCCAUCCUGGUGCUGCUCGGACUCCUGGAAUUCUGCGCGGCCGUGGCGGUUCUGGCGUUUGGAUACGACACGCUCCGGCAGCACACAUACACCCAGCUGGCGCUGUAG